AUGCCAGUUGAAGCAUUUGUCUUGAGUACAUUGACUUCCUUCUUACCAAAUAAUACAACUUCAAUCACGGACUGGCCAGAAAUUGAGAAUUUAUCUCUGGCAGAUCCGCAAUUCGGAGAGCCAAACAGAGUUGAUAUUAUUUUGGGCGUUGACAUUCUUAGCGAAAUCAUCUUAGAGGGUCUUAAGAAACAUCCAUCUAAGGGUGGCCUUAUUGCACAGAACACGCAAUUAGGUUGGAUCUUAUCAGGACGUAUUCAUAAGACUAAUAAAUCUAAUAGGAUUAUCAAUCUCCAUCUACAAUUGGAAGAGGACCAACUCUUAACCAAAUUUUGGGAGAUAGAAAGAGGACCAGAGAAUAUAGUUAAGAAAAUGACAAGAGAUGAGACAAUUUGUGAAGAGUUUUUUGAAAAAACAACAAAAAGAGAUGAUGAAGGACGGUACAUAGUAAGGUUACCAUUUAAGGAAGAAGAUCCACAGUGUUUUAAAAGUGAAACAAAAGAAAUUGCACUAAGAAGAUUUAAGCUACUAGAAAGAAAACUAAUAAAAAAUUCAGCUUUAUAUGAUGAUUAUAAAAAGGUGAUAGAAGAUUACAUAAUUCAAGGUCAUUUGAUUAAGGUUUCAAAUUCAGAAACGAACUCUAGAGUAUUUUAUCUUCCACAUCACGCUGUUGUAAGAGAAGACAAAGAAACUACCAAGGUUCGAUGUGUUUUUGACGCUUCUUGUAAAGGAUCUAACAACGUUUCAUUGAAUAGCUGCUUUAUCAUAGGUCCUAAGCUUCAACAAGAUCUUAGGCAUAUUUUAAUGAGAUGGAGACUUCAUCCAUACUGUAUUGUAGCUGAUAUUGUACAAAUGUACAGGCAGAUUCGUGUACAUAGUGAUGAUUCAGAUUGUCUGAGAAUUUUGUGGAGAUUUGAUCCGAACAAGCCCAUAGAAACCUAUAAACAUGUAAGACUCACAUUUGGUACCUCAUGCGCACCAUAUUUAGCUGUAAAAUGUCUACAACAACUAGCACUAGAUGAGAAGUCCAAGUACCCAAUAGCAGCCAAGAUAACUUUGCAAGAUUUUUAUAUGGAUGACUUACUAACGGGUGGUGAUAAUGAAUUUGAGAUUAUUGAGAUCUAUGAUCAAAUGAACAGAUUGAUGAAUGCUGGAGGCUUUUGUCUACAAAAGUGGUGCACAAAUAGCGAGAAGUUACUUAAUCACAUCAAAGCAGAUAAAAUAAGAUCAGAUCAAGCUGUGAUUUUUAAAGAAAAUAAUAUGAUUAAAGUUCUAGGUAUAUGUUGGAAUAAAAAUACAGAUAAUUUUGAAUACUUGCAUCAUUUACCUGAAGCAGAUAUGCCCGUAACGAAAAGGAAGGUAUUAUCAGAUAUCGCAAGAUUGUACGAUCCAUUGGGAUGGAUUGCGCCUGUCAUUAUUACAGCCAAAAUUUACAUGCAGAAGUUGUGGAAGUCUGGUUUAGCUUGGGAUGAUAAUCUCACACCAGACUUGUUAAAAGAGUGGCUAGCGUUUCGACGUGAUUUGGUUAACGUACAAGGCAUAAUGAUUCCAAGAUGGUUGCAAGUAAAACGUGACUAUUACGUAGAACUUCACGCAUUUGCAGAUGCUUCACAAGCUGCCUAUGCUGCUGCAGUUUACAUGAAAAGUAAAGAUGAAAUAGGCAAUGUUAGCGUUCAUCUAAUCACGGCAAGAACUAGAGUUGCCCCAGUGGAGAAAGAAAUAUCCAUCCCACGUCUUGAACUAUGUGCAGCUCUUCUUGCAGCUCAAUUAAUGUUUGAAGUGUCGCAAGUUCUUAACAUUCCAAAGGAACGAUUACGAGCUUGGUCCGAUUCCACCAUAGUGUUAGCAUGGAUAACCGGCGAACCAAGUCGUUGGACGACGUUCGUCAGCAAUAGAGUGUCAGAAUUAUUGACGAUUCUAAAUAGAGACCAAUGGAAUCAUGUCAACUCAAAUGAGAAUCCUGCUGAUUGUGCAUCAAGAGGAAUUCAAACCGAAGACUUGAAGGAUCUCAAUUUAUGGUGGUUUGGCCCAUCAUGGCUCAAAGAGAUUAAUGAGUACAAAACAUAUAAAUUCAGUGAUUUUGUAACUAACGAGGAACAAAGAUCCAUUAAGAAUAUGAGCGCAGUAGUUCAAAUAAAGGAAGAGGAAUUCCUGUGGACGAAAUUUUCGAAUUUGCAGAGACUAUUGCGAGUUUUAUCUUAUUGUCGAAGAGUUUUGCUAUGGAAGAUACCAAAUAAGAUGAGACUUCUAUCAGAAAACAUUACGCCAGAAGAAAGGAACACAGUUUUACGAAUUUGUGCUGAUAAAGAAUUGAGAGAGAUGUUUAAUAAGGCAACUUCUGACUUUUCUAAAGAAAUAAAAACCUUGCUAGCAAAUGAAGGUACUACGUGGCACUAUAUACCACCUCAAGCACCAAAUUUUGGAGGACUUUGGGAGGCCGGUGUUCGAUCUACAAAGUAUCAUCUCAAAAGAGUUAUAGGUGACACUACUCUAACUUAUGAAGAGCUUUCUACGGUACUGACGCAGAUAGAGGCGUGUUUGAAUUCACGACCGUUGUGUCAAUUGAGUGAUAAUUCGGAUGACGUAUUGCCACUAACUCCCGGUCAUUUCCUUAUUGGAGAACCAUUGAUAACAAUUCCUGAUGAAGAUUACUCCAAAAGCAAUAUCACAGGUCUACAGCGAUGGAAACUUGUACAAAAAAUGUUAAAUGAUUUCUGGAAGAGAUGGUCAGCUGAAUAUCUGAUUACACUAAACCAACGGUUUAAGUGGUUAUCGAAGAGAGCUGAACCAGAGAUUGGUGACAUAGUAAUUAUUAGAGACGAAAAUUUGCCACCCGCAAAGUGGCUACUUGGAAAAAUUGAGGAGAAGCAUUCGGGGAAAGACAACAUAACCCGUGUUGUUACAGUUAAAACCAAGAAUGGUCUUCUCAAAAGAGCUUGUAACAAACUUUGUUUUUUACCCAUGACUGAGUCUGUCAAUGAUAAUUAA